GGCGCCGGCAGGGGCAGCGCGGCCUGUCCCUGCGGGGUCCCUCAGGCCCCGCCGGGCCCCGGGUACAAACGCCACCCGCUGGGGCCUGUGGUGGCUCUCCGGACGGAGGCCGCGCUUCCCCGGGGGGAUUUCGCCAUGAGGAUGAUGGAGAGCGUUGACUCCGUGGUGGCCAGGUCCAGCGAAGACCUCUGGGCUGAGAUCUGCUCCUGUCUGCCGCGUCCCGAGCAGAAGGAUGCUACCGACGCCUUCACAGACUCCUUCAUGGAUUCCUACGCCGAGGGAGGGAGCCAGGGCAGGGGGUCAGAUGCCUCUUCCCAAACAGCUGUGAAGCCCUGGGCGCCCCUGAACGAUUCCGAGGUGUAUUUAGCGUCCCUUGAGAGAAGACUGAUGAGAAUUAAAGGCUUGUCGCAAGAGGUGACCUCCAAGGAGAUGCUGCGCACUCUCUCCCAGGCUAAGAAGGAAUGCUGGGACAGGUUCCUGCAGGAGAAGUUUGAGUCUGAAUUUUACGUAGAGGGACAUGACUCUGAUGAGAGCACGCUAGAACACCUGAAGCGAUGGCUGCAGCCUGACAAAGUGGCCAUCAACACGGAGGAGGUUCAGUGCCUCAUCCCUCCAGAGUCCCGGCCAGAGAAGCAGGAGAGCGAGGAAGAGCCGCCAGCUGCAGAGCAGUGAGCUACGCGCCAGCCGUGCCGCAGAGCUGCCUCUCGUCCCAACCCUGAGGAAGUAUCCAGCAGUAGCAAUGAGGGGGUAGAGGGGCAAAAGUGCCAAUUAUCAGUCAUUUAAAAAAAAAUAAAAAAACCUCCAACACACAAAACCCCCCAGCUCUGGACCUCCAGAGACAGUGACUGGCACCUGUUACGGACAAGAGGGGAGCGCCUGUGACACAGAGCACGCUGGACUGACAUCCUUCUUCGAUCUUCUCCCAGCCUGUAGCAACCUAAUCAUUCCAGUCUGAAGCGGACUAGUUUGUAAUUCAUCAGGAGACGUAUUAAACGAGAUAAAAAAGCAGUUGUUCAGGAGCAUCAGAAGACAUAACGGUCUAGAACAGAACAGAUAAAACCACUGAUUCAUUUUUUCUUCCUGGCUUGUACCUUUUUUAUUACUCAGUUGGGCUUUUUUUCUUUUCUUUCCUGCAAAGUCCACUGGGGUGUUUCCUUAGAUCGUCGCUGUUUAAGUCGGAGUUGGCCCUGAGCCGUGCCUGGAGGAAGACAAGUAUUUCUCACCUACGUGAAUUUGGGACCCUAAAGGAAGCUACCAUCGCAAUCAGUAAAUUGAUGAUAUCAUUGAUACUGGAACUGUUUAACAUUCCGCUCUGUGUAACGUGCCCUCCUACCGCAUUGGCCAAACUCCCUAUUGUAGAAUAGGCUGGAGGGGGAGGGUUUGGGUUUUUUUUUUCCCCUCUUGUUGGUCAUUUUGUACCUCUUCUUUUUCUCCUUCAGCCUCUCCACGAGAAGGUCAGGUGAGAUUCUGUAUCGGGAAACCAAGAGCAAUAACCAGGGAGGCUACAAAUAACUUGUUGUCACCACAGAUUUGCACAGAAUUAUCUGACUUUAAACAUGUUCUAGUAUUUAAUUGUUUUGCAUCCCGUUUAGCUCUGCAGAGGGUUUAUUUCCCAUUACUAAUCAAAGAAUCUGUAAUCGCGUACUUGUAUAAAACUGAUUCUUCUUGAACCUGGGCUUUUCUGUCUUGGCACUGACACGCAGGGUCAGUAGAGGGAAGCAGCGCACAUCUUCUGUCAGAGAAAGCUCAUUAGGACAGAAAUUGUAGGGGUGGUUCUGGGAGCUUACGCACACUGGAUUCAUACCGGGUUCAUUGUGUACCUCCAUGAAAAUACAUUUUUAAAAGUAGCUCCUUGAUAGGCGUUGCCUGUCUCUGUGCAGUGAUAAGUGAUGCCGUUAUCUGCGCUGCUGACAGCUGUUAUUCUGUCGGUGCGUCUCCAUCCGUGGCAGGACUCAGUGUCCGUGUCCACGACCAGCUUUGUCAGUGUAACACCUCCCGGGGUCACUCGUCACGAGGGUCGUCCUUGUAAUUCUCCAUUAGAACACACACUUUUUUUAAAAAAAACAAACAAACAAACUUAAGAAAUACGGUGAAUCACCCGUAUGUCAGUGAUACGAGACUCACAAGUCUCAUGUCUUGUUGGAGGGUGGGUUCUGUCAUCUUUUAAGUGUCUCUGAUCUCCAAAAAUAAGUCUGCUUCCCUGUACAGACACAGUGCUGUAAAUCUCUCACCUCUGACGCUUCCGAGCAUUUACCAGAAAUGGUGUGUACAAAGAGAGAAAGAUGCAAUUUCUCUGCCUGUGCCCUGGCUAUUUUGUAGUCAAUACAUUCCCUCCUUGUGAUUAGCAAUGACUGUGAAGACGCUUUAUAUUAUUUUGUCUAUUCCCAUUAAAGGUAUCGGAGAGAGAA